AUGUGGGUUGAUACUGUCGAGUUGGUGGAUGAGAUGUUGGACGAGUUGGCGGAGGCACCUGAAGUGGCUAUUGAUUUGGAGCAUCAUAAUAUGCAGAGCUAUCGAGGCUUUACGUGUCUUAUACAGCGUCGUGUUGGCGCUGGUGUGGUAUGGAAACGACAACAA